ACUUCCGCCGUCCCAAUUAUUAUUUAUAAUGAUUUAGUUGUUGGGAGGCCUUCCACCAUGUUGUUCCUUCUGACGGUAUUUGUGGCGGUGCUGAGUGCUGAGGGAUCUAAACUUAUUUCUGAUGAAUUAGAUCCAUCAUGGCACGACUUGGUCGCAGCUGGUGGCAUGCACAUCGGUCACGGCCGAACUAAACGAUUCGUCGAACUGAACAAGGAUCAGCCAAAUGUGCCCUACCAAGCCUGCCUUCUCCCCAAUGGCAAAACAGGGCAUUGCCGACACUUACACUAUUGUAUUCAAGAUGAGUUCAAGAAAGAUUUCAUGAAGUUUAUGGACUAUAUCUGUAUAAUACAACAUUCAUCGAUCGGUACUUGCUGUCCCGAUGGCAUGGGUGAAGCAGCCCCUGAUGCUUUGGCAGGAGACCUUCCCGCCACCGCACCGCGCGAUGAAGAUGAAAUCAGCCUAAAAAUAACCAGGGCUGAUAACAGAGGCUGUGGUCUGAGCACGCGCGCACAAGGCCGUGUGACCGGCGCAAGACCAGCCAACCCGCGCGAGUGGCCGUGGAUGGCGUCCAUCACACCGCCCGGCUUCGAGCAAUACUGUGGAGGAGCUCUCAUCACUGACCGACAUGUGAUGACCGCUGCGCAUUGUACUAGACGCUGGAAAGCCGAAGAACUAUCCGUGCGGCUCGGCGAAUACGACUUCCGUAGAAGCAACGACUCUCGCUCAUACAAUUUCAGAGUCAUUGACAUUAGACAGCACGAGCUUUUCGAUUCCUCUAACUAUCACAAUGAUAUAGCCAUCUUGAAGUUACAUAGACCAACCGUGUUUAAUACUUAUGUGUGGCCAAUUUGCUUGCCACCAAGGGGAACACAGCUGGACAAUGAAAUUGCUACUAUUAUAGGGUGGGGAACACAGUUCUACGGAGGUCCUCACAGCGACGUCCUCAUGGAGGUCUCAGUACCUGUGUGGAGACACGAAGAAUGUGUGAAAGCUUUCACUGAUUCGGUGUUCGAUGAAACUCUUUGUGCUGGUGGUCGGGAAGGAGGCAAGGAUGCCUGUCAGGGUGACAGUGGCGGUCCGCUAAUGUACCAAAUGUCAAGCGGCCGCUGGUCCGCGAUCGGCGUCGUGUCGUGGGGCGUGCGCUGCGGGGAGCCGGCACACCCCGGCCUGUACACUAAGGUCGAUAUGUACUUGGAGUGGAUACUCGCCAAUACCGUGUUUUAGACAAUAAAUGUUUGAUAUAGC